GCUCUAAAAAUGGCCAGCAGUGUAUUAGGUCAUGUUUUGACAAUCGUUGUUUCUCAAUGUUAUUGUUAAUCGGAGAAACAGUGAAACCCCUGUUUUCUAGUGAAUAGAAUUUUCAGUUCGAGUUCUUCGAUUCAAGCAAAAACUCCCCUGUUUUAUGUUUACCAUAAAGAAGCUGUGCACUUGUAGCUGUGUGGGUUUUGUUAAAAUAAAAGAUGGAUUUUGGCGAACACAGUAGAACAAUAUUUCACGUGAAAGCACCAUCCUUGUGCACCGUUAGCGUGUGACCAACUUCAAUAAUGAAAGACCCGCUAGAUUGCUACAUAACGCCUAAGUAAUUACCACCAGAAUUCUAGCAUCUAGUUGUCGACGAUAAAAUGCCUGUCGAUUUAGCCAAUAAUGGGACAGCACUUUGCUAGUCUCAGAGGAUUCUUUAGAAUGGAAGGCGAGAAACAGUCUUUGGAAGUAUAUAACGCCUCGCAUCACCGAUCUGCAUUUGAUAUGUUGGCUCAAGAAGAAUCGGAGAGUUCACAGGAGAAUGAAAACAAUGGAAAUCUACCUGCUUCUAACGCGAAUGUGAUUUCGAGGAGCGAGAGCAAGGCGGAAGAUAAUCUUGACAAUGAGCAGUUGAAUCUGGAUGUAGAUAAUCAUAACGCAAGAUUUGAAUCAAUAUACAGUCAACCGAUUGAUGCCCAGGAUUCUAAGCAAUGUUGCAACAAUGGAAAUGUCGUUAUGGGAGCGGAACAACCGGUAUUGAAGCAGCCAGAGUCCUGUAGUAGCAACUCUGGCAGCAGCAAUACUAGUAGUAGUUCCGAGGAUAGUCCUGUAAAUCCGACUUUUCGAAGAUCUUCCAAAACUCUUUCAUUCGGAAAGAGAAAAGUUGUAGGUAAAGUACGAAACAAGGACCAAAAUCCUGUAUGCAGUCAUGUGGUGUCUUCGAAAAAGAAGCGGAGCAACUGGGUCUUGAAAUUUAACUGUGCGAAGAGUAAAGCAUCCAAGAACACAGACAUACCUGGUCAGGGAAACAACAGCUCCGAGUGCAUAUGCACAGGAUACAGACGUACUGAAGAACAUCCGAUGGGUGCCAACGUCUUCAACAUGUCGGCUCCACAGAGUCCAGUUCUGGGCCCGCUUCCACCUAGUCCUGUCAUCGAUUUAUCGCGAUUUAAUCCUGAGGAAUUUCCUAUGGAGGAUUGCGAUGAAAGAGCAAGACUGCAGAGAGCGCGCGAAAUGGAAGAAGGGGUUGAACCGCCGCCUGGAUACAGACCCAGUUAUCCACCAGGAAUUCAAGUGCAUCCAAAUGGCAUUACUGUUGACAGCCUGGCAGCUCUAUUUCAAGCACACGCGGGAAUUCACGCAGCUGCUCUCACUGCCUUAUCUCAGAUAGAUUUCAACUUAACGCCCAACCCCGAAAGACCUAUACACACUCAGGUUGAUUAUGUGCAUUGUCUUGUUCCUGAUUUGCGAUCAAUUACGGCAUGUUCUUUUUACUGGGGAAAAAUGGACCGGUACGAGGCUGAACGCUUAUUAGAGAGCAAGCCAGAAGGGACAUUUCUUCUGCGAGAUUCGGCUCAGGAGGAGUUCCUUUUCUCAGUGAGUUUUCGUAAAUAUGGAAGGUCUCUUCACGCAAGAAUUGAGCAGUGGAAUCACAAGUUCAGCUUUGAUUCGCAUGAUCCUGGUGUUUACGCUUCAAAAACGGUUUGUGGCUUAAUAGAGCAUUACAAGGAUCCAUCUUGCUGUAUGUUUUUUGAGCCAAUGUUGACGAUCCCUCUGCACCGAAACUUUGCAUUUCCGUUGCAACACUUGUGUCGGGCAGUUAUCACAACCCGAACAACCUACGACGGUAUAAACAAGUUGCAGUUGCCAAAGACACUUAAGAGUUAUCUCAAAGAAUACCAUUACAAGCAGCGAGUACGGAUCAGAAGGUUAGACACCGAAAACGACGUUCAGCCAGACGGAAAAUCCAUAUCAUAUCUCCCACUUGCAUGAGCACGCUUCGUUUUCAAUUUUUUUUUUUUUUUUCAUUAAGUUUAAUUCCAUAUUAUUUAUAUCCAACACCGAGAAAUACUGAUAACCGCACUGAGAAUCCUUUUGGUUUUCAAUUAGGAAAAACUUCCGUUGCACAUUACAAAGUUAUUUACCUUCUGUUAUUAAGUUUGUCGCUUUCUUGGCAACGCCUUUAUUUCGCAAAUCAUCAUGUUAAAUCAAUUUCGUGCACGUUUUUCUUUGGUCUUGAUGAAAACUCACGAUUUGGGCAUUCGACGGUAGAAUUAAAAAAAAAAUUCUUUCUUAACUCACUUUUUAAAAUUCGUGACAAUAAUGAACGAAGUCAAAAGAAAAGGAACAAUUGCAUAAUAAUUUUCUUCAUUAAUUUACUAAUAGUGGGUAAAAGACGAUAGAAACUGUACCAAAGACACCAUACAAAUCGUAUUGUGAUUUAACCAGUUUGUAUUGUAUUUUUGAAUUCUUUAUUCUUUUCUCCCCAAUAUUUAGAAUUGAAUCUGUACUUACGAGUAAGUUAUUAGAAUUGUGAGAUAAAAACACUAUAUUAGUUUAAAGAAUAUAAUGACAUUUUCACUAGUGAGGGUGAAUCAAAUUUUGAUUGUUUUGAAGAAAGUAGGCAAAUGAUAUUUCUAAUUAAUCACUUUGCUUUGAGCAAAGUAAAACUACAGGUCCGCCAUGCGCUGAUGUUUUAAAUUAGAAACCCUAUCGUGCCUACAUCUAUUCUCAAAGAUAACGUGAAUGCAGGUACUCGUACCUGUUUGUAGACGAAAAUUGUAGGAAGCGACUCCUUUAUAAAAAUAGCGAUUUUAUACAUACAUACACACAUACACACAAGCAUUAUGUAAUGCAUAAAACACAUCCAUGC